ACGCACAUGGUUAGGGCAAAAUUUUUCUACGAAAUUCAUAGACAGCAAAUCCGGCAUUCUAUUACAAAGCAAGAUGUUGGCGCAUUUCGCACGAGGUAGUUCGGAUGUGGAUUGGUGUGAAUCAAAUUAUGCCCAUGUUACCUUCAUCGCUGAAUUUUAUAACACGGUCAGCAACGCUGUAUUCCUAAUUCUUCCGCCAUUUUUUAUAUACCUGUUUCGUCCGUACUCAAAGCAUGUCUGCUCUGGGAUCAAUAUCGUUUGGGUUUUGUUCGUCGUCAUUGGAUUGAGUUCAGCCUAUUUUCACGCAACACUUAGUCUCGUGGGUCAACUUUUGGAUGAACUUGCCAUCCUGUGGGUUUUGAUGGUAGCACUAGCCUUAUGGACACCAAAAUGGAUGUUAGCUCUCAGUCCGUUUGGAGGAGACAGAGAAACAUUCCAGUACGCUGUCCUUGGCUUGUCUUUCGUUUGUACGUGGUUAGGAUUUAUCUAUCCUGUGGCAAAUGCAUUCGUUUUGAUGGCGUUUGGAGCUCCAUUUCUCUUCAUGCUGUUUGCUGAACUUAAAAGAUGUAAGGACUUGAAAGUUAAAAGAUUAGGAUUCGCAUGUGUUGGAUGGUGGUUUGUCGCUGUAGUUUUCUGGAUAAAUGAUCGUGCAUUCUGUGACGUAUGGCGGUCUGUCUCUUUCCCAUACCUUCACUGCGCAUGGCAUAUUCUAAUUUUUAUUGCAUGCUACACUGGUUGCGUUUUGGGUUCAUACUUCUACGCUGCAACAGAGUUUCCUCAAUUGCGCCCGGCUUUAUCCUUCUGGCCUCGUUGGUCGUGCGAGUGGGGAGUUCCAUAUGUGAUGUUAAAGGGAGUGCCAAUGGAAGAAAAUCCUUGACAAAAUUCUAUUAUAGCGAGAACGAACUGGGCUCCAACUUGAAAGCUGCGGGUGAGAAAGACUGUUUGCUGCAAAAUACUUUCCGCAUUCGUUUCCCGCUCUGGUCUUGUAUGUCUAGGAAAUGAGAGUCCUAUACAUGUGCGUUGAGUACAAGGUGGUAACACAUGUAGAAGAAAACUUUUGAGAAAAUUCUACUUGGCAGAAGACAUUAUCUUGGGCUCUUAUAUCUAAUCUGCAACUGAGACUCCAAAGCUGCCUCCCGCCCUGUUCUUGCUGGUAUAAUGAACAAGGAGUUGCAUACAUGCACAUCGUGUUAAAUGCGGUACCAUAGAGAAGGAAACUUCUGAACAAAAUUCUUCAUCACAGAAGAAACUGUCCUAUGUUCUUGCAUCUGAGCUACAACCGAGUAUCCAUAGGUAAGCCUCGCUCUGUUCCCGCUGGUCUUGCGAAUUAGUAGUCCUGUACAUGAUACCCUGGGAAGUAAACUUUUGAGAGAAAGCUGUUAUUUAGCUGCGGCGAAUUUUUCAUAGUUAAACCUCGCUCCGUUGCUGCUGGUCGAGCGAAUGACGAGUCCUAUACAUGUAUAUCACGCUGGGGUUGGUACCACAAAAAAGAAACCUCUGAACAAACUCUAAAUGGCAGAAGACACGUUAUCCUGAGGACCGUCUCUCGAACGUCCCAAUAGUUCCCGAAAAAGCUUCUUUUUGCUCGCCGUCCCAGCGUUCAAGAUCGAGAUACAAAUUACAUUGAAAUUCAAGCAAUUAAAAAUACCCAGGAACGAUUCAAAUUGGGCUGUUAUUUGAGCUAAAGCAGCACUUCUGUUCCCAAGAUACAGGUUUUACAAAAUUGGUUUUAAGCCCUUUAAAGAGUGAAGGGUUUCGAGAAACGAGCCCUCCAAACUCUUAUGUUUAAGCUGCCACAGAGUUGCCUCAGUUACGUCCAGCUAAAGUAUUACAAACCAGCAAGAGAACACAAACCGAUGUUGGCGCUUACAAAUUGUCGAGCGACACAAACGCUUUUCAUGGGCAAGGCAACUUUGUGCGCAGACGAGGUGGAUGGAUAAUAUUUCUGCAAACUACAUGCGUAUACAUCUACAGGGUGUAGGCUACUACAUUAAAAGAAAAAAGACAAACAAACAAACAAAAAGAAACAUUGAAGACAAUGGUGGCUACAUCCAGGUUUGAACUAUCAAGAGCGCCCAUCAAAGGUACCACCAUCACGUUGUGGGUGCUGCUCAAAGGAAAAAAAAUAUUCAAAUGUGCGGAGACUGUGGGUAGAUUGACUAACACAUUUUAAUUCCACGAUAUCAUUAAAUAUCAUAUACACUUCAUUAACUAAAUUAUAAUAUGUAAUUUAUAUAUAAAAAACUCUGUGUCGUACUCUUAGAUAAAUAGGAGGGGUCUUAAAAUUCAUAUCAUGUAUCGUUUCUCUAAACUCUGAGGCUUUAGUCACGACUCAAACGCUAUAAUGCUCGUCACGAUUCAAAGAAAUGUGGAAAACAUUUUAAGAAUGUGAAUAAAAUUUGGAGAUGGUGAGGAAGUGUCAUUUUCAGACCCAUAAACGCAGUUCAA